CUCCACCUCUGCACCUAUAUACUCCCCCUCGACCCCACCCUCCAAAAGCAAACCACAACACUACAAACUCGCGCAUCUAAAACAAGUUGCUCUUUCAAGCGCAAACGCCCCCUAAAAGAUAUAAAAGUACACCAACGGCUGAGGCUCGCCGCCACAACCUCAACCUGCAUAAACUCAAGGCUCUUCGGCGGAAGGCAGCCGCAGGCAAAGGCAUCGACAACAUGUCUUCGCCGCUUGCUGUGCCCUCCUCCCCAGCGUCUUCCAAACGCUCUAGAUCCCGCGAUAGUACUCGAUCUUCUACAGCUACCUCUAUAGCGGCGUCGGUCAACUCUUUGGCUGCGUCGGUCAACUUUUCGCUCAACCCGUCCGCCAGCGCCCCCUCGCUGAUCAUCCCGCAUUCUUCUUCACAGACCUCAUCGGUCGUCGGAUCCUCGCCCCUGGAAUCCAUACCAUAUCCCGCGUUCCUGCGGCAGAGCAAAUCAGAGAUACAUCAGCGAUUCAUCGAUCUAGAAUGGGAGCAGCGUAACCGCAUUGCGCAAGCCCAGCAGGCUGGCAAUGAUCCAGAUGCGCCAGCCUCGCAGUGGGUUCGACCUAGCGGAGACAUCGUUGUUGCCAGGAAUAGGUAUGCCAACGUGGACCCAUAUCUGAACAAUCGCGUCAAGCUCCAGGUGCCGGAGGGGCACAAUGACUACAUCAACGCCUCGCCAAUUGUGCUUAAAUCUACAGUUUCAGGGACAGAGACGAGAUUCAUUGCGACCCAGGGCCCAAAAUCCGACAUCACUGCACACAUCUGGCGCAUGUUAUGGCACGAAACCGCUUCGCCAUCCGUAAUUGUAAUGCUUACCCAAACGCACGAGUCUGGUCGUGAGAAGUGCCAUCCCUAUUACCCGCUCUCCCUCGAAGACCCCACCCUCACUCUAAACCAGGAAGACGAAUUCGAAGAUGGGUUCUUGUCGACCGUUACUCUCGUCUCACUAACCGAAGAUGAGGCUACUCGAGCUACUGUUCGUGAGCUCGAGAUGCGCAACGGCAACGGCGAAGUGAAGACAGUAUGGCACCUCCUCUUCGGCGGCUGGCCAGAUUUUCUAGUUCCCGAGGGCGAAGACCGCACCGCUCUUCUCAAUCUACUCGCCCUGUCUAACGAGAAGAAUGAGCAUGACGCCCACAACCCACGCACCGUGCAUUGCAGUGCUGGUGUCGGCCGCAGCGGGACCUUCAUCGCGCUGGACUGGCUGCUACAGGAGCUUGAUGAAGGUAGCCUUGAUGACCUGCCGGAGGACCGCGACCCGAUCGCCGAAGUCGUGGAUCGGCUGCGCCAGCAGCGGAUGAUGAUGGUACAGGGCGAAGCACAGUUCGGAUUCCUGUAUGAAGUCCUGCGCGAGAAGUGGCGGGAUCGGUACUGGAAGCUGCACCCAGAGGCUGCUGGGGAGGGCGGUCUGGAAGAUGGGGCACAGAUGCAGCAUAAGGGGACGAGCAAGCACCAGAGCAAGAAAUCGAAGUCGGACCCGGAUGAGGAUGCCCAUGCGGAAUUGGAGGCUGAGCUUGCGGGCGCGGACAGCAGCUUCUGACUCUGUCCGGCGCUAGUGCUUCUGCUUGGGGUCCAUCGAAAAUGCUCGCUGGAACGUGCUGUCGCUGAUGCUAAAGCGCUGAUAUUCUGUCCUUGUCAUCUCCUUGACCUGCUCUGCUUGCUCUGCU